AUGCCAGUCCAGAAGCUUGCAGACGCUUUUCAGUUGGCACAGUACGUCCAUCUUUACACUCUUGGUAUCAGCCGUCCGUUUGGUGCUUCUGCCUUCUUCACUUCAUGGAACAAGAAGGAAGGCGGUAAAUUGUACCUCGUGGAGCCAUCAGGUCUGUGCUAUGAAUACAAGGCAUGGGCAGUUGGAAAGCACAGGCAAGCAGCAAAGGCUGAGAUAGAGAAAUUAAAAUUGGAAGACUUUGAUAUGAAAGAUCUAGUCAAAGAAGCAGCUCGAAUAAUCAUUGCAAUUCGAGAUGAGAACAAGACGGUACCCCUCGAUGUCGUUGCUGCGGCCGAAGAAUGGGCACGUGCCAAACUUGAUGAGGAUGAUAUGGAUGAAUAG